AUGCAUCUCGAGGUAAAGGUUGCCCUCAACUUCAUCGUGUCCUACCUGUACAACAAGCUGCCUCGCCGCCGAGCUGACCUGUUCGGCGAGGAGCUGGAGAGGAUACUCAUGUCCCGUUUUGAGGGUCAUUGGUAUCCGGAAGCCCCCCUCAGGGGUUCUGCCUUCCGCUGCAUCCACUUGGGAGCACCAAGGGACCCUGUGGUGGAGUUGGCCGCCAAAAGAAGUGGGCUGGACACAGAGGAAGUGCGCGCAAACGUUCCAGCAGAGCUCAGUGUUUGGAUCGACCCUUACGAGGUGUCCUACCAGAUAGGAGAGAAGGGGGCGGUAAAGGUGCUCUACCUGGAAGACCCUCCGGGCCUGGGCUGUGACGGUGAUGUGGCUGAGGGGGUUGUUCGUGAUGGAAAAGGAGAUGCAGAGGCUGAAGAGGCAAAGAGCCUGGGCUUUAACCCGGAUGCUCAGGUGUUUGUGCCGAUUGGAAGCCAGGUAUCGCCUGCCCUCAUGCAAUCCCUCUCCAGCUCUCCCACCCCUCUGUCUGGCCAGGCCUGCCCUGGCCUCUUCAGCCACCCCAGCUCCAGCCCGCCCUCCGACCCCGCCGUGCACUCCUCCAACACCUCCAGCCCCUCUCCCCCGAGCGGCGGGCUGCCCUACCUCUCCGCCCAGCCGCCCCCGUCCACUCUUCCUGCUGCUCGCCCGCAGCCCAUCACCUUCACCACCGCCAGCUUUGCCGCCACUAAAUUCGGCUCCACCAAGAUGAAGAAGUGCAGCGGGGCCGGGGCGGCCACCAGCUCUGGAUGCUCUCCCGGUCCCCCACCACCAUCUCCCCCCCCCGAGCUGCUCAAGCACAAGCCCCUGUCCCUCUCCCUGCACUCCCUCGGAGCUCCCAUUCCCAGCCAGCUGUCCCCCAACGCCAAAGAGUUUGUCUACCCAGGAUCCCCGGGCCCCCUUUACCUGGACGCCGACGCCCAGCCCCUGCAGCCUCACGCCAGCCCUUUCCAGCCCCCGCACUCCGUCAGCGCCAACCCCACCUUCGACCCCUUCUCCAGCUCCCCUCCCCAGCAGAGCAUGGGCAUCAUUGGCAGCAGCGGAAUCUCUUACAUGGAAAAGCCACCAUUUGUGGAAGGUUUGGGAAGCUACAGCCUGCAAUAUCCGAGCCAGUCCUUCCAGCCCGUCGUGCUGGCUAACUAA